CACAGCGUAGGCAAUGCAGUUAUCUGAUGUCUAAAGCAAGAAUGAAGCCUCAUGACACAUUUCUGUGCUUUCCAAUUUAUGCAACAGCACUGGUGUUUUUUUGUGUUCAGAAAGCUGCACAGUCAAGUCCUGCUGUUCGUCUGACUGCUAAUCCUCCAUGGCCAGAUGUGUUCCCAGGAGAGACAAUUACUCUCACCUGUCAGGUUAUUGAAUCUGAGGGAUGGAUAUUUCUGUGGACCAGACACAGACAGGGGGAUCUAACAUAUCUUCCAGCCUCCAGUAGUAAUGGCUCUGUGUCUGUGUUGGUCCUGAGUGCUGUGGACGAGAGACAGAGCGGAAUGUAUCAGUGUGAAGCUGUAAAAGGACAUGAGCGAGCUUUCAGUAACCUCCAUCCCAUAACAGUCUCUGCUGAUCGUCCUCAGGCUGUCAUAGUCACAGAUCCCCCAGCCAAAGUGAUGUUCACAGGAGAAGCUGUUAGCUUAGCUUGUGACAUCAGGAAAGGGUCUGGCUGGAGAUAUUCAUGGAGCAGAAACACCCAGGGAAGAUUAGAGAGCCUCUAUGCCCGUGCAACUGAAAGCCAACAAAAGCACAUCCUGCACUCAGUAAGAGAGUCAGACAGUGGAGAGUACCUGUGUCAGGGUGAACGAGGACAAAACCCUGUGAUCCAGUCUUUCCCAGGAACACUUGUGUUAAAUGUGUCUGGUGAAAAGCCUUGGCCUGUUAUUACCCAGAAUCCCCCCAGUGGAGAAAUUUACACAGGAGAGAGAGUCACCCUGAGCUGUGGGUUUGGGGGAGAUCCUGCUGACUGGGAGUAUCUCUGGUACAAAGACAUACUGAGACACACUUUGCCCAACAUUGACAGCAGCAGGACUGAUGGGUCCAGUUUCACUAUCAGCUCUGCUGCUCUGGCCCACAGUGGAGAGUACCGCUGUAGAGCUGCAAGAGGAAGAAAACCUUCUUACUCAGACUACAGUGAUCCUCUGACUUUAGAAAUAUCUGUAUUACCUCAAACACAUCUGACCGUGCAGUCUGGAUGGACAGAGGUCUUCCUCACUGAAACAGUGACUCUGAGGUGUGUAAUUCAGGGCAGCUCUACAGAGUGGAUGUAUAAAUGGGACAGAGAUGGACGGGAGCUUCCUGCAGACAAAGCUGACUCCAGCAUUGUAAAUGGAGAUACAUACACAAUCCUCUCUGCUGAUCAGUCACAUGCUGGACUGUACACCUGCAGAGGAGAACUUACAAGGAGAGCAUCUGUACACUCUCUGAUUGGCAGCUCUGCCGCAUUGACUAUACGAGCUUUGCCUCAGGCGGUAGUGAGCUUGGAUGAAGGAUGGAUGGGGGUCUUCAUCACUAAAGGCACUCUAGCAAUGAGGUGUGAGCUUCAGGGCUUUACUUCUGCUGACUGGAACUACACGUGGUACAGAGACGGAACGCAGAUCUCACUAAAUCAUACUGGAGGGAGGCACACAGUAGGAUUCUGGGAUAGCUCCUCUGAUGGUGAAUAUAGAUGUAGUGGGAACAGGACAGACAGACCAUACUACUCCCUCAUCAGUGAAGGCUUCAUGCCGAGCCAUAUCAUUUACCGCGCUGUGGAGAAUGUGGUUCGGAUCUGUGUGGGCGUGGCAGUCCUCCUCUUUCUGUCAAUCAUUGUGAAUCCAGCCUUCUGGAGAUGGGUAUCACGCCGGAAAGUGGUGCACAGUGGGGAGGAACUGGCUGACCAAACUGACCAUACCUGACCACACAGCAUGGCAUAAGUUUAUUUUCAUUAUUGCUUUGCUAAAUAUUACAUGACAUAUUGUAUCAUUUAUUAAAGUAGACUUACUAAAAAUAUAUAUAAAAAUGUGCAUCUUACGGGCUUGAAGGCUUAAUGUAAUAUCUGGCAAAACAUGGCUUUGAAAUACAGGAGUUUUUUCAUGAAUUGCCAUUAGGGAUAGUUUGCACUCUCACAUAGCCCUGGUCAUCGCAUUACUUCUAAUCAGUGUAAUUCUGCAUGUCUUUCUUCGCGUAGGGCAGGGUACAGCAUGGUACUUAACCUGCAUUGCUUCAGUAUAUGUCCAGCUAUAUGAAUUGAUACUAUGUUAAUGGAUGCAAUGUAAAUAGUGUGAAAGAAGCUAAGAGUGUCUGUUAAAUGGCUGUAAUGUAAAUUGGGAAACUUGUGUAACUGGAGAGCACCUUUAUUUUUUGCAGUACCUUCACUAUUUUUAAAUAGAACACAUAAGCACAUCCUUACUUAGCAUUCACAUUGUAUCCAGUUAUACAGCUGGAUACAUGCAGGUUAAGUACCUUGCUCAAGGGUACAGCAGCGGUGUCUGUUACAGUCCCUUGAUUUGGAGUCUGCAUGUCUUAAUCCUGCAGGUGGAGCUGAUUGGGGUUUGAUUGCUUGACGAUGCACACCUGUGUCCUAACAGUCAACUGGAUAAAGCCUGAAGACACCGCAGUUGAAAGGAGCUUUUAAAAAUGGUUUAUUAUAGAGAUUUCACACAUUUUUAGAUAGUUAGGCCAGAAAGUCAACUGUGGUUUCUUUUAGAUGAAGAGUAGCCUGGCUGUCUGUUUUCUGCCUGAACCAUCCUGUUCAGCUUACAUAUGGUAAUGUGUUCUGUUUUGUUGUCUCAUUGUUUUUAAUAAAUCUUCUAUGUUU